AUGCACGUCGGGGGCCGCGAGUUCGAGCAGGAGGCGCUGCAGAGCGGCCUGGUGGCGGCAGGGGGUGGCAUCCACACCUCGACGGAGGACGUGGAUGCAGCAGCGCCGCGCCUGCAGGAGCAGGGCGCGGCCGGCGCCGCCGCGGCCGCGGCCCCGGCGAGCUGGCGGGCCUUGCGAACUCGCGGCCCAGGCUCGGGCGCCGGGUUGCCUGGGUUAGAGCAACUCGUGGCGCGGGCUGCGCGGCGGCUCGGCAGGGCCGACCCCAUUGGCGAGGGCGACAGCUCGUCCGACUCAGAGGCAGAGCCGGAGGUUCGCCCAGUCCGCGGGGGGGCGGCCGCAGGAGCGGCGGCGGCCCGCAGCGAGCGGCGGCGCCAGCUCUCCAGCAGCGACGAGGAAACGGCGCCGAGCAGGGCCGCGCAGUCUGGGGCGAGCAGCAGCGGUCUAGGUGGACCGGCGGCGGCCAAUCUCGACGCGAACGGGUUGCAGAGCUUGCUACAGCUGAGGAUGCUCGAGGUGCUCGAGCGGCUCGAGACGGGCAAGAGAAGCAGCUCGUCGGGAGACGAGAACGAGACGGCGGGCACGGCGGUGCGAGGCAUGCGGCGCCUCCGGCAGAGGGCCUUCAGGAGCGAGGUGAAGCAGGCCCUCGCAGUGCAGCGCGGGAUGGCCUGGACCUACUUGGACUACGGAGAGAGGCGCAUCCCAUGGGGCAAGCUCUACGACCUGAAGAAGACGUGCGCGAUGCUGGUGGCCGUCCUAGAGCAUGUGGAUCAGGGGCUGUUCGACGAGGCGCACGGCCAGCUGGUGCAGAUCAUGAAGGCGCUGGAGCAGGUGGCCAUCAACCAGGGCUCGUGGAAGGCGGCCUGGCCGCUCUCGGGUCUGGUCGACCCCUGCAGCCGGCGGGGCUCCGCGGGCGACGAGUUCGCGACGGGCGUGGUGGCGGCCUACAUCACGGAGCUGGAGGCCCCCGAAUCGAAGAUCAAGCAGCGUGGCGGUGUCGUGGCGAGCCCCGAGAAGUCGGGCAACGGCCAGGGGGCCGAUGCUGGAGCGGGGGCCCGCACGACGGGCGCCAAGUCCACCAACAAGAGGAAUAAGAAGAAGAAGCCAAAGAAGGCGGCGUGA